CUUUUCAGCAGGAAGAAUCGCCUUCGUUUAUUUACCGUCACAGUGAGCAGCACCUGACACACAGCGUGUCUUUAUUUAAUUCACAUAUAAAUGUUAUAAAUAUUAACCUGUGAAUGACGUCAGUCAGCUGCCGCAUCGGAGCCGUGACGUGUUUCCUGCUGUUCAUGUCUGUUCACCGUGAGACUGACGGAGGAGAAGCUAACGCGACUGCUAGCUGCUAACGUUAGCCGUUAGCCGCUCGGAGCCGGUGACCGUCAGAGUUGGUCGUUGCAUGGGUGAGUGACAGUCAGCCAUGAGUGCGGAGCCGGACGCCCUGGCCGUGGUCAACCAGCUGAGAGACCUGGCCGCCGACCCCAUGAACCGCAGGGCCAUCGUCCAGGACCAGGGCUGCCUGCCGGGACUCAUCCUGUUCCUGGAUAAUCCCAACCCUCAGGUGGUCUACUCCGCCCUGCUGGCAAUCCGGUACCUGGCAGAAUGCCGAGCCAACAGGGAGAAGCUGAAGGGGGAGCUGGGGAUGAUGCUGAGCCUCCAGAACGUCGUACAGAAAGCGACGACUCCUGGAGAGACGAAGCUGCUUGCGUCUGAGAUCUACGAGCUCCUGCAGGCGUCCAGCAGCGCUGACUCUGAGCCGGGUGAGGAGGCCGUCAGCAGCCGCCGCAAAGCCCAGUUCUUCCUGGGCUCCAGCAACAAGAGGGCCAAGACCGUCAUCCUCCACAUCGAUGGACUGGACGACUCGAGUCGGAGGAGUCUGUGUGAGGAGGCUCUGCUGAAGAUCAGAGGAGUCAUCAGCUUCACCUUCCAGAUGACCGUGAAGAGAUGCAUUGUCCGAAUCCGAUCAGACCUGAAGGCUGAGGCUCUGGCGUCUGCGAUCGCCUCCACUCAGGUGAUGAAGGCUCAGCAGGUGGUGAAAGGAGAGAACGGAGACGAGGUUUUGAUCCCGCUGGCGGAGGACGGUUCGGUGGAGGUGGAGCAGAAUGUGGACCUGCCGGACUACCUGCCGGAGGACGAGAGCCCGUCUCAGGAACCCGACAAGGCGGUGAGCCGGGUGGGAUCCAGCCAGGAAGGGAACAGCUGGCUGGGCGCCGCCACCAACUUCCUGUCCCGCUCCUUCUACUGGUGACCCUGUGGGGCCACCGCCCCCUCAGUCAGUCAUCCCGCCUCCUCUCAGAACCAAAAUCUACCUGUUGCCAAAUCUCACCGCUGUCUGUCUCAGUCAGAGAGACAAAGACCGAGACAGAUCCUCUAACAAUGAGUGUAAAAAAAGAGCGUGCAGCACUUUACCGCUGCGGUGAAGACAGGCUGCUGUUCCAGGCGAGAGGAGCCCAUCCAAUAAAAACACAGGACUGGGGUUUCAGUUUGAGGUGAGACGACGUCCUCUCUGCAAACGGGUCCAUCUGUUCCAAACCAAAUUGUCUUAAUGGACAGGAAGUGUCCUGCAGCGACAUGAACAAACACCACCGAGUUAGAAUAAAGAGGACCAAACGGGACGUCCCUCUCUUCCCUUUUAUUAUUUAUUUAUUUGACCAACAGACUGAGCGACUCUUCUUCUGCAGUUUGACGUGAUUUUAAGGACAAGCAGUUGGAGUUCAGUCAGCGGUGCCUUCAAUCCCUCUGAUCCUCCGUCACCUCAGGCUGCAGCUAACCGUUGUUCAUUAUGAUUCAGUCACAGGUUCAUCGACCGUCUGAAAACAAUGGUGACAAACGCUCAGAGCGACGUGUUCAAAUGAUCCGCCUCAGUACACUCUUAUGCCCCAUCAAUGAUCAAAACAAAACUAAUAAAAUCCUCCUCACCCUUAAUACUGAACUUUUUCAAAGCAGCUUCUUUAUCACUGUAACUGUGAUUAAACCUCAGGAGUCGUAUUCACAAGCAUUCAGAGAAAACUCACAGAGCUCCGAACCCUAGAUAUUUUCAGUAAGGAGUCAGAGGUCAGGAUUAUUUAGGAAAGUUCUCAGAGGGACAGAAACUGUGACCUCAGUGAGGAGGUGUGGUCGACCCUAUCGUUAAGGGUGACACAUUCCUUUAACAGAUGUGAUUGGUUGUCAGUGACACACCCCUCUGUGAGUCUGUAAGGUGUGAGGACACCCAGUGGACAUGAGAUGAACUGCAGACUGUGACAGUGUUGCCAACAGCUGUGUCUCAGUUCAGGGGCUGUGGUCUUCAAAGGACGUGGCCUUCGCAGC